CAUGGACAUGUUUGCCUACAAUGGUCAGAGCUACAGUGUCACAUUUAAGAGACCUGCUACAUAUAAGCUAAAGUUGACAGCAAAGAACCCGGUGAGCUUCAAAUCUUUGGAACUGAUGCUCAUAGCUGAACCCAUGAACCCCUUGGCUCACCCUGAAUUGCUGGGACUCCCUGGAAUUGUGGAAGUCAAUGUUCCCCAGACUAUGAUAUUCAGGGUGGAAGUAGACACUGCCGUGGAUGUCAUGGUGAGGUGGAAUUUUGGUGACGGCAGCCCAGAGGCAGAGACCAACCUGGCUCCUCCUUACGACACUCAGCUGCCACGACCGAAUCCACAGACAGAACGAGUUCAAGUGUCAGCAAGGGUGACCCAUGCCUUCAUUCAGCCAGGUGACUACACGGUCAGAGCUGAAGCCCUCAACAAGUAUGAGCAAGUUCACCAAAUGGCCAGAGUCUGUGCUGUCGUUCCUAUAACCCUGGUGACCAUACUGUCCAGUCCAACUUCUCCAUUGGUUAAAGAGGUUACUCAGUUUGAGGCCUUGGUUUCUCCUUCCCUCUAUGGCAUAUGGUAUUCCUGGAACUUCGGCGAUGGGUCACCUGUACAGGAGGGGCAAAAUUCUACUGUGUGCUAUUCCUUUGAAAAGGCCGGGAUUUAUAAUGUGACUCUAAGAGUCAAUAACAAUCUCAGUGACAUAACAUCAUGGACAUCUGUGUCUGUCAGGGAAGGAAUUAUGGGCCUGCACAUAGUGUGCAGUGGGCCCAGUGAACUCGGUUCAGUCACAGUUGUCAAUGCCACAGUUACCUCUGGCACAGAUGUCAGGUGGUCUUUCGACAUGGGAGAUGGAUCCACCUACAGAAAUCUGUCACACGGUGUUGUUUCUCACAUUUUUGCUGCUGAAGGAAAAUACACAAUAACAGUGACAGUUCACAGUGCUGCGGCCUAUACCAAGGCAUCCAUCAUAGCCAACAUUUACAAACUGCGUAUUAGCAGCAUCCUGGCUCCUAGUUGCCUCUCCAGUGGGGAGCUGAUCUUGUUCCAAGCUUUUGUGACAGGGCCAGUUAAAGGGAUUAUGUUCUGCUGGGAUUUCCAAGAUGGCCGCCCUCCCUCUGUUCGUCAUGGAGACCCCACGGUCCUUCACAGCUACAUGUUGGCUGGGAAUUACCAGGUGAAUCUGACUGUCUAUGGAACAAUGAACAGUGCUUCUCGUCAGCUAGCCGUUUGUGUAGAGGACAAAAUCAGCUCAGUUAAGCUGUUGGCUCCAAUGUCUGCUGUAGCCUUAGAGGAACCGCUUUCCUUCUUGGCUGAAGUAGAUCCAGGCCCCGACCCUCAGCACCAGUACAGGUACCAUUGGGAUUUUGGCAUCGGUGAAGACCCAGUACCUUCUAAAACUCCAGAAAUCACAUUUGUGUACUUGGAGGCUGGGUUGUACAUGGUAACCGUGACUGUGUGGAACACGGUCAGCCAACAAAACGCCUCGGUAAAUAUCACAGCUCAGCAGGCCAUUAAUACCAUCUCCAUUCACCAUAGUGGUGAAACGGGCAUCUUUCUAGCUGUGGGCACUCCCUACGACUUCGUGGCUGAAGUCAGCUGGGACACUACAGCUGCAUUUCAGUGGGACUUUGGAGACGCCUCACCUCAUCAGGUGGGUCAAAGAGCCCCCCACACCUAUAAGAAAGCAGGAGAGUUUACCAUCGUGGUUGUGGGUGAGAAUCUGGUCAGUCACAGGACAGCAACACUCACCAUGACGGUGCUUACUCCAGUCAAGCUGUUGACUCUACAUGCUGAGCAACCAGUCAGCGAGGCUGGGCAGGAAGUCACCUUCAGAUCUUCUUUAGCUGCAGGGGAUCAUGUUCGCUAUCGCUGGGCUGUUGGUGAAACAACUGGAUUCCAAGAGGGAGCAGCCAUUUUCACUCACACAUUCCCCACUCUUGGCACCUUUGUGGUGUUUGCCGUAGCUGAGAAUGCUGUGAGCAUAGAGAAGGCAAACGUCACUGUAGAGGUCCAGGAAAGAGUCCAAGGGGUGCAAAUCCACAGUGAGCAUGUAGUGCAGGACAAGUAUGUGGCCGUUGCGGAAGCCUUCUCUCUCUCCAGUGAGGUUGCUCAGGGCUCCAAUGUCACCUUCCGUUGGGCAGCUUUGAAAGGAAAGCACCCGUUGUUUACUUCUGAAGGACAGUUGUUCUUAUUCUGCCCCAAUACAAGUGGGGAACUCCUGGUGGAGGUGAAAGCUGGGAAUGCACUGGGUGAAGCCACCACCAGCCUUACCCUGGAAGUCUUGGAGAGAGUUCGUGGUGUGAAGGUUCAAUCGGCCACUGAUAAUGUUGCAGCAGGAAAGCCAGUGAACCUGAACAUUUCUGUGGUGUCGGGAACAGAUCUCCUUUAUCAGUGGAAGGUGCAGGAGGACGCACAGCUGCUGCUUACCACCACACCUUCCCUUUCGCACAUCUAUAACACCCUAGGCUCCAAGCUUGUCUUUGUCACAGUCUACAAUGCCCUGGGAUCCAGCAAUGGCUCCACAGAACUCAGAGUGCAGGAACCUGUUUCUGCGGCAAAUUUCAGUGUGGCAGGAAUUAUGCGACCUUUCCUCCUGAAGUCAGGCACCUCAGUAGAGCUUCUGGGCAUGGUGGAUGAAGGAUCUGACCUUGCAUGGGAAUGGCAGCUACAGCGGGGGGAAGAGGAGAAGCUGAUCCUCUCUCGUGGGCAGAACAUCUCUCACAGAUUUGAGCAGUUCGGAGACUACGGAGUGUUUCUGCGGGUCUGGAAUGACAUUAGCGAGAGUACAGCUCUGGGUGCCAUCUCUGUCCAAGACCCUGUGGCUAGACUGGCUGUGACAGUGGACAAGAGGACAGUGUGCACAGAUGACGAGGUUACUUUUACACUGCAUGUGUUGAAGGGUUCGCGAGUGACCUUUGCCCUCUACUUCCCCUCGCUGGGGAUUCAUGUGGAUAACCCUGCGGGGAUCUUCCACUUUCCUUUUCCAGUGAAAGGUGACCACCAGGUGCUGGCAUCUGCUUACAACAACGUUAGUAAUCAGACAGAUACUGUCAUGGUGAAGGUCUUGGAGAAGGUGAAGGGGCUGCACCUCUUAGAUGAUUGUCCACCCAUUCUGGAAGCCAACAAAGAACUUACACUCCGAGCAGCCGUGCAAGCUGGAGAGAACAUUGCUUUCUCCUGGGCAUUUCGGCUCCCUGGGCUGCCCGACUAUAAUGUCACAGGCCAGCAGGUGACGUAUACCCCCUCUGGCAAAGACAAUUUAACCAUACUGAUUGAGGCCACCAAUGCUUUCUGUGCAGACACUCUCCUGGUGGUAAGAACGUUAGAGGUGUCGGUAGUGACUGUUAACCUGUCCAGCAAUGGCUCCAGGACAUUUGUCAAUCAAACCGUGACAUUUGAUGCAAUGGCGGUUGGUGGCAGCAACCUUCACAUGGAGUGGAAUUUUGGGGACUCGCCCGAAACCUUCGCCAGUGAAGGAGAUCAGAGAGUAUUUCACAAAUAUCGCCAAGCUGGUGAUUUCUUGGUAGAAGUGAGAGUCUACAACAACGUCAGUUUUGUCUUGGCCCAGUCAAAAGUAACUGUGGAGCAGCUGCUCUGUGAAAGCCCUACUCUGAAGCUGGUUGAGCCUCUCUCUGUGAUCUCCAAAUCUUACACCACCUACUUUGAGGCUGAUGUCGACUUGAAACAAUGCACAGCCUACCGGGCGUUGUAUCGGUGGGAGAUAUUCCGCAGCUGCAGCUGUGAUGCUCCGUCCAAGACCAAUGCAGUCUCAUUACCGCAUGUAGAUGUGCUAACCCCUCGCCUUGUGCUCCCCAAGUUCUCUCUGGACGUUGGUCCUCACUGCCUGCUUUUCACUAUUUCUCUGGAGAACACACCCUUGGCCCAGAUGGCUUGCAGUGACUUGACUGUGCUUUCCAGCAAGCUAGUUCCAGUCAUCCAAGGAGGAUCCUGGAGGAGAGGGACAGCCAAAAUGGAUCUGGUUCUAGAUGGAAGCAAGUCAUAUGACCCUGAUGUGGAGAAGGGUGGAAACUCCUCUCUGGCGUACCACUGGGACUGUCAACUGGAGGAACCUAAUGUGUCCACAACUUUAUGUGGCUUCCCUGCUAUGGCAGGCAUGGACAGAGUGAUUGUCCCACACACUAUGCUGAAUCCAGGAGCAACUUACCACUUCAACCUUACUGUGAGGAAGCCUGGUAAAGAUCCUGCUUGGGUGACACAGACGGUUUCGAUCACAUCUAGCCAGAUCCUGCCUGUGACCCUGGAGUGCCGUUCCUGCAGUGCUUUGUCAAGCUACGAGGUCAGCAGCAGCAUCCAUGUCACGCUGUCUGGACGGUGCGAAAGCUGCGACAAUCGGAAUUACAGCUGGAGAGCUCGGAGUUCUGAUGGCCAGCCUUUGACCUUGGACAAUGUGACCACUUCCACUGGGGACUCCAACCGGGACCUGGUGAUCAGGCAGGGGGUCCUGCAGGAUGGAGUGAACUACACUUUCACCCUUUUGGUCACUCAGCCUAGAGGACAGCUCUGGGGAGAAGCCAGCAUCACCCUCACCCCAAACCACCCACCCAGGGGAGGGCUCUGCAUUCUGAGACCAGAAAACAAUAUCUACAUCUUGGAGACACCAGUUCGAUUUCAGUGCAUGGGUUGGAUGGAUGAGGACAGCAGCCCAACGCAGCAGCAGCAGCUGAUCUACACCCUGACUGCCGAAAUGUGCUCCCCUCACAGCAGCCAUUGUUGGCACUCCUGCCUGUAUCGAGGGGUCAAGUCUGCCUUCAGCAUCUUCCUGCCCGCAGGCGCUCUUGGCAACCAAUCCAGUGUCAACAUCCUAGUUGAGCUGGAGGAUUCACGGGGAGCAAAAACCUUGGCAUUGAACCAAACCCUGACUCUCACCAUGCCUGAACUCCCUUCAGGAUUCAACACCAUAACCAGCUGGUUGAAGAAGAAGAGCCAGUCGGAGCUGUGGGGUGUGGUCCAGCAAGGAAACCCACAGGAGGUGAUUCCGUACUCCUUGGCUGUCAUAAGCCUGCUGAAUCAUGACUUUGGAAGAGGGUAUAGCAUGAAGGAGCUGAGGGACCGCAUCUCCAUCCGCAGCAAUGUCACAGCAGCUCUGGCCUCCCUGAAUAUCUCCAGUGUGAAGGAUGUUGCUCAGCUUAGCGCUGCACUGAGGGCUUGUGUGGCAUUCCCAGAAGAGCUCAGCCUUGGAUCUCGUACCCAGAUGCUGGAAGCUGCCAAGAGAAUGAUCCAAGUUAUCCACAGCGAGACAAAAGAAGGUCAUGAAACCCCCGCCUCCGCUGGCAACAGCAUCUUGGCAAUCCUGGGAAUAAUGUUAACUACUGAAGACACGAGACUGCACAUGGUGGCGAACGACGGCGUGUCGAAGGAACCAACCCUCAGGAAUUGGGUCUCCUCGGCUUUCAAUCUCACUCGUGCUCUGAUGAGGUCCUUGAUGAAGUCCCGAGUGCUGAAUGAGGAGACUCUGUCGCUCUCCGUCUCUGAGAUCCACGUUCGGGGGAAAAGGGCGGAUGCCAGCAAUUUGCUGUGCACGAUCCCCUCUGCGGAGUGCCUCUUCUCUGUGCCCAGGACGCUUGCCAAACAGCUGGCAGAAAGCCAGGAGGUGGUGCAGGUCACCAUGGACCUUGCCAUCAACCCCUUCCCUUUCAACUACUACACCAACUCUGCCAUUUCCACCCGCCUUGCACUUCUGGAGUUCGCCACUCCAGCAGGAGUGCCGAUCUCAGUUGCCAACCUGCCUAAGGAGAGAGCCAUCAGCCUGCGAUUACCUGCUGGACAGCAGAAGCUGCAAGACUUGCCCCAAACACUAUUGGUCAUCCCACCAGGAGACUCUGUUAACUUCACUGUGAAAGUUGCAUCAGGCAGCAACGUGACAGGGACACACGUCCAUGUCAGUUUCACUGUGAUGGAGGGCUUCGGAUUCAGCCAGGAGAAGGUUCCCUCCCUUUAUCUUUACGGAUAUAAUGCUCCAUCUCCCAAUGAGUUCCACUACACCUUGAAGGAGGAAAUUGCCUUUUCUAAUGGUCUGGAGGAAAACCACAGUAGGGACGUCACCCUCUUAAUUUCUCCUCUUCACCAUCUCAAUGAGACUCAUCAGGAAUACUACAUCAACAUCACCAAUCGCUUCUGUCAUUCCCCCGUCCACGCCAGCGUCUCUGUUUUUGCCAGCCUUUGCCAGUACUUCCAUUUUCCCAGCAUGCAGUGGAGUGCAGAUGGAGUGACCCCAACAGCUGCCACCAGCCCCAAGGAGAUUGUCUGCCUGACGGAGCAUCUCACUGUCUUUGGGGGUAGCCUCUUUGUGCCUCUUCACAGUGUUGUCUUCUUGCCACCGAGGAAGCAGUCCUGGCAGAGUCCCUUGGCACUGAUCACUUGCACCGUCCUUUUCUCCAUUUACCUGGGGAUAGCACUGAUAUCCCACAAGCUCGACGACAUUGACAUCACUCGGGUAGGGAUCAUCCCUCGGUGUGGCCAGCCUGGACGGUACAAGUACUGGCUGAUGGUGAAGACAGGCUGGAAAAGAGGCUCAGGUACAACAGCCCAUAUAGGGAUCAGAUUAUAUGGGCUGAACAAAAGCGGCUCUCGCCACCUGGACAAGGGCUGGGCCUUCCAGAGAAACAGCCAGGAUAUUUUCCAAGUAGAAACGGAUGCAAACCUAGGAGAGAUUUGGAAGAUCCACGUCUGGCAUGAUAACACGGGUCUGGACCCCUCUUGGUACCUGCAGCACAUUAUUGUAUGGGACAAGCAGACGGACAAUAUGUACUUCUUCCUAGUGGAGGACUGGCUGUCUGUGGAAAAUGAAAAGAAUGAGGGAAUGGUGGAAAAAGAGAUCCUUGCAGCAUGUCCACAGGAACUGAGAUGCUUUUCCCGAAUUUUCCCUGCGCAGAUGCGCCUUGGGUUUUCCGACUGGCACAUCUGGCUUUCUGUUUGGAGCCGUCCUCCUAACAGCCGCUUUACCCGGGUACAGAGGCUCACUUGCUGCCUGCUCAUGGUUCAACUCUUCCUAGCUACGUGUGCCGUCUGGUAUGGUGCAGUUGGAGUUAAGGGCCACAGCUAUCCUGUUGGAAGACAGAUUUCUGUGACUGCAGAGAGCAUUGUGGUUGGAAUAACUGCAGCAUUCGUGGUUUAUCCCAUACAACUACUCUUCAGUUUUCUCUUCCGGAAAACACGCAGUAAGAUUGUAAUAGAAGAUCCUGACCCGCCUGCUCAGGACUGCCAGACUGUGGAGAUGGAGGUGUCUCUUGACUGCUCUAACUUGGGUAGCUCCUCCUUCUUAUCUGUCCCUGGAAGAAUGGAGUCCAUUGUGGAUAUGGGUUCUGUUGGCAGUGAAUCCCUCUUUAGUAGAAAGCCAGUUUCCAACCAGAAGAACUUCAUAGGCAACGACAGGGCUGCCAAUCAAUGGCCUUCAUGCAACAGCAUAUUUGAUAUUCCGGACCUUCUGAACUCUGACCCCCUGAUGAAUGGAAGUAGGAUUCUCAAGAGGAAGAAGGCAAUGGCAAAGUUGGGAAUUGACUCCAUGUCCAGUUCUGAUGAUGACCCCCUGUCCUUUUCAUUCAGAGAUUCUGAGGACAGUAGGAGGUCGAGCUGUGGCCAUCAUUCUGCGGAAGGUUUGCUCAACUGUGUGGUUGACAGAACUCAGGAGAACAUCUCUGACUGUGUCACAUCUGACAGUGGCCGGUUUUCACCCCAAGUUGAAGCAGAUCUCAUCUAUGAUGGAAUGGAAAGUUCUAGUAGUGGCUGGUCCGAUGGGAUUGUGCAGCAUGGAAGCAGCUGGGGCUUACUGCGGAAGUCAUUCUCUUAUGUAUCUGCUAUGACCAAUAUUGGCAGCGCUUUCUUUUCUGACCUGGAACUUCCUCCUGCUACUGUUUCCUCGCUUUCUACCCGGAUUGGUAUGUGUGAACACUAAUGGGAUACGCCCUCGUAGACUUGUAUUAUGGGAGCCU